AUGGAAAUGUUUGCUACGGCGAUCGCAAAGAAGAUCUCGAAGAAGGUCAUUGCUUUGGCGAUAAUUCGCCAUGAUUGUCCCUCUCCUUUGCAGUUGUCAAUUCAAACAAAUGCUUUGUCUAUUCAAGAUUCAUCAGCAUCAGUGCAAGUGGAUCAAAAGGAAAUUUCUAUAGUUGGAAUGCAAAAUGGAGGAAAUCCACAAGCAAAAGCUAUCUUUUACCAUUCUCAGAGACUUCAAGAUGAUCUACAAACGCUAGGCGCGAAAAUCAAGCUGCAUGAGGACCGCAUAAAGCUUUUGAAGUCCCAAAGCAACAAGUUAGAUGAGACUAUACUUGAAUCACAAGUUGUUCUUGGCAAGUAUCAUUCUUCAAGUGGACUUAAGACUGAGAAUGAGGACCAUUUCAGCCUUCAAAGUGAGAAGGAAACAGCAGGGCAGAUUCUCCAGCAUGAAAAAUCUGCUACUGGCGUUUUUUGUAAGCUGAAAACACGUCAUGGCUCUCAGGCAUCACAUCUUCAACCAACCAAGGAUUUUCUUGGUAUUGUUGCUUCACCUGGCAAUGUUGUGGAUAAAAAUCUUGGCAGGCUUUUCUCUGAGUACUUAGGAAUGGACAAGAUGUUGGCAAUUGUUUGCAAGACUUAAGAAGGUGUUAAGGCUCUAGAAACAUACGAUAAAGAAGGCUGCAUUAUUAAAAGUUCUGGUCGUCAUGGGCUUGGUGCUUCAAUUGGGAGGACUAUACAUGACCGGUUCCUUGUCAUAUGUCUUGAAAACUUGAGGCUUCAAUUCGACUUCUGCUUUCCUUAAUUAUAUAGACUUGUAUCUGCAAACAUUCUAAUUUUUUUUCUUUCUCUAGACCUUUUGCCGAUGAGUUUGUAGCUAAUGAUCCACAAAGGAGGCUUGAUAUUCUAAAGUCAAGAUUGCCUAAUGGGGCGUCUCCGCCUGGCUUUCUUGGCUUUGCAGUGAAUAUGAUUGAUGUAGAAAGCAAAAACUAGCCAAUUUCAUCAGCCUCUGUCCGGAGAAUUACCAUUCAACUUGUCUGGCUUUGAAAGAGACCACAACAAAGCAAUGAUCCAAUUUGGCUACUUCUUUCAUGGUUGAAGUUGUGGUUAAAGAUCAAGACCGAAGAGAGGUACGUCCUCAACAAAAAUUGCAUUCAAUUUUGUUCAAUUUGAAAGAUUAUUAGCAUAUAGGGAUGACUCAAUGAAGACAUACCUCUCUGUUAAUUAUUUUUAUUUGCCCUUCUUUACUUGAAUUGAAAAGCUUGUUAAUAUCGUUUUAGGGUUGAUUAGAGUGACAAAUUGAGUUCCU